AUGGUCUCGCUUUACGCCUCCCUCGCGGCGCUGUCGCUGUUUGUCGGCGAUGCCCUCGCCGCCGCCAGCUUGCCCCCUAAGCCGGCCGACUUGACGACGCCGGUGCAGCAGCGCAUCGCCGUCAAUGGACCCAAUGCCGUCUCGGUUGCGUGGAACACAUACAAGCAGCUCACCAAGCCGUGCGUCAACUACGGCACCUCGGCCGACUCGCUGUCCCUGCAGGCCUGCUCGUCCCGGUCGGUCACGUACCCGUCGUCGCGGACGUGGUCCAACUCAGUCGCCCUGACGGGCCUGCAACCCGCCACGACCUACUACUACAAAAUCGAGUCGACCAACUCUUCCGUGGAGCACUUUAUGAGCCCGCGCGUCGCUGGCGACAAGACCCCCUUCUCCAUCAACGCCAUCAUCGACCUUGGCGUCUACGGCCAGGACGGCUACACCAUCAAGGGCGACCUCUCCAAGCGCGACACCAUCCCCUACAUCCCCCCUUCGCUCAACCACACCACCAUCAACCGUCUCGCCCAGACUGUUGACGACUACGAGUUCGUCAUCCACCCGGGCGACCUCGGCUACGCCGACGACUGGAUUCUGCGGCCCAAGAACCUCUUCCACGGCAAGGACGCGUUUCAGGCCAUCCUCGAGACAUUCUAUGACCAGCUCGCCCCCAUCGCGGGCCGCAAGCCCUACAUGGCCAGCCCGGGCAACCACGAGGCCGCAUGCCAGGAGGUGCCGCACACGACGGGCCUCUGCCCCGCCGGUCAGAAGAACUUCACCGACUUCAUGAACCGCUUCGGCGGGUCCUUCAUGCCCACGGCGUUCUCGUCCACGUCGGGCGACUCCGCCGCCAAGGUCAACGCCAACAAGGCCCGGCAGCUCGCCAACCCGCCAUUUUGGUUCUCUUUCGAGUACGGCAUGGCGCACGUCGUCAUGAUCGACACCGAGACGGACUUUGCCGACGCGCCCGACGGGCCGGACGGCUCUGCGGGCCUCAACAGCGGCCCCUUCGGCGCCCCCAACCAGCAGCUGCAGUUCCUCGAGGCGGACCUCGCGUCCGUCGACCGCACCGUCACGCCGUGGGUCAUUGUCGCCGGCCACCGGCCCUGGUACUCGACCGGCGGGGAGGGGUGCAAGCCGUGCCAGGCCGCCUUCGAGGGCAUCAUGUACAAGCACGGCGUCGACCUGGGCGUCUUCGGCCACGUCCACAACUCGCAGCGCUUCGUCCCCGUCUUCAACAACACGGCCGACCCGGCGGGCAUGACGGACCCCAAGGCGCCCAUGUACAUUGUCGCCGGCGGCGCGGGCAAUAUUGAGGGCCUGAGCGCCGUCGGCGCAAAUGUCUCGUACAACGCAUUCGCGUACGACGCCGACUUUAGCUAUGCUACGAUCCGCUUCCUCGACACGCAGAACCUGCAGGUCGACUUUUACCGCUCGUCGACGGGUGAGCUCCUGGACAGCUCCAAGCUGUUCAAGUCCCACAAGGACCAAUUCGUGUCGCAGUAG